AUGUCUCGAUGCCCACGAGAAUACCGGAAGGAGACAGAAGCUGAGUGUUGGAAUCUCUCGUCUGCAUUCUUCAUUUUUCCUUCCAUUCGCCCUUAUCAUGCAGAAACGUGUUUCUUAGAAAAUCGGUCAACCGUAGCACCGAAACAUUUCCUGCUACUGACCGUGGCUUCUUCAAAGUUUAUUAUUCCUUUCCUUAUUUUCACGUUCCUUAUGUCUUUCUUUUUCUCCUAUUAUUUUGUUUCGUGUUGGCUUACUACUUCUUUUUUUCGGUUUCCCAUUUACAGGUAUUUCCUUCUUUCACUUUUUUCUUUUUUUUCUUUCUCCAACUUUUUUAUUGUUCAGUCUUUUCUUUUUAUCUCGAUUUCUAUUUGCCAAAUUUACAUGUCUUUCUUUCUUUCUUUUCAUAUCUUAUUCUAUUUCUUUCUUGCCUUUCAUUGUUUCUUAUGCUUUCUUUCAGUCAUUAUUCCUCCUUAUUUUCCCAUUAUUGUCAAUGAAUAUUUGUUUUUUUUUCACUAUCUUUUCCUCGUUUUACGUUUCUUCAAUUUUUUUCUAUGA